CAGGGUCUUUUAAAUACAUGAAAAAAGUGUUUCAGUUAUGGCUUUGUUUUAGCUAAACAAAAUAUAACUGGUGCAACGGGUGCAUUAUAAGAUGAUUUGUAAUCAAUGCUAAACAUAGUUUAACGUGUAUUUUUAGGUAUUUUAAUACUUUGAAGUCGUUUUUGUGUUUUAGAAAUUGUGUCUAUAGCAUCAUGACAUCUGUUUCUCUCAUCAAUUUGUCAUAUUGGGAAUGCGGGAGAAGGAGGAUACGGUUCUUGUAUCUUGCAAACAAUAACUCGUUUAAAGUUGCUAAACAAGGCACGAAUGCGGAUCAGAUGAUUCCCCUCUUUCUUGGAGCUGAUCUGUUCUCAGACACAGACAUUCGCAGUGAAAACCAACCCAGACAUCAUGCCAAGUUUGCUAAGCGAGGACUAGCAACUAAACUGUUUUUCUCAUCAGAGUUCAGAUUCAAGGGACUGAGACUUCCCUGUUCCAGCAACAAUCUGUGGUUUUAUAGCGUUCAUGGAGUUUUCCGAGUGGCAUUUGAACUGUAUAGCAAACAAGAUCAACUGUCAAUCGUGGAGUCCUUUCAGGAUCUGUGGAAGUCUCGGAUAGAUGAUGAUAAACUGAACCUGAACUAUCAUCUUGCUGCCCGGGUGGAUGUUCAAGACCAAGUGGCACAAACAGUUUUGACAAAUGCUAUUACAUGUGCAUCAUCCCAAUGCCAUCCGAACUGUCAGGAAGGAGAAAAGAUCUUGAGCGACUUUCACAUGGAUGAGUCCGGUAAUUCAUCAUCUACAGACCACGACUACUGUUCCCCAACAGAACCAUCCGAUACAAGCCAAUAUGCUUUACUUACUCACAAACUCAACAGCAUUGGAGAAAAAGUGACGUUUACUACAAACAUGGAAGAGGAACAAUUAAAGACCACCAUGAAGUUACUGGACUAUGUGGAGUGUUGCAUUACUGGGUGUCAGGAUGAGGUCAGACUGACGGAUUUGGCACUGACCCUGUUUCAGACUCAUUUUCAAGGUUACUCUGUUUACUCGAGCACUCUUCUGAAAACGGUGGCAGGCUGGCUCGGUCAGCAGUUCAGCGCAGCUAACAGCACUAUCAGUCGUCGGGUUGAAGGAUUUAAGGCCCAGCACAUUGAACACAUUACAGAUCUGCCUCCGCCGGAGGAGCUGGCGUCUGAACUUUUCCCAGAGGCCAUGCGGAAUCUUCUCGCUCACUGGAUGGGUCUGAGUGAAGAGGCAGACGACUGGAAAAGACACAGCGAAUAUCCCAUUUUAUUGCUUAUCCUAGAAUUCGCCAAUCACAAUCUUAUUACAGGAGUGGCGCACGUGUUAUAUUCCAGUCUAAUAUCUAAAUAAGGAUACUUGCAUAUCACUCAAGACAAAUGAGGCCUAAUGUCAAAUAAAAGUGAAAGGGGUUUUUCAGCGGUUCCUACAAAUAGCGUAAUAUCCUAUUCAUCUUAUGUGGGGAAAAAAAACAAGUUUCCCUCACUAAUGUAGUUCGUUUUUGUAUGUGUGCCAAGUAAAGGACAGUCUACAUAUUAUAUCGAUCUGUAAAUAAAAUCUGCUAAAUUUCAGAGAUUUUUAUUAUAUUUUAGAAAUCCAGUUUAUUAUAGGUUUUAUUGUGUAGCUUUUUAAGGAGUUGUUUCUUAUUCGUAGAGAUGAGGUGUAUUAUUUUGUAUUUGCAAUGUAUUUGGUUUGAUGCCCAAUGAAAUAAACUAAUUUCAGCGGUGUUGUCACUGCUCUCCUCAGAUCAAAUUUAGCAUCACACAAACACAGACUGUGCCUGAGACAGAGGAGUACUCCAGUGCUGUGAUGUUAUGUGGAGGACAGUUAUCAACAGCGUCUCAUAUCACAUGGAACCGCAGAAUAUGCUUCUGUUGAGAACUCAAGUCUAUUCCUUUAUUAAAAGCAAGUGUUUUUUUAAGAGGUAAGAACAAAUUACGCUAUUGUCUGCAGAGUCCGAGAGAUGCCCUCUGUUUUACAUUGUAUGAACUCUUGUUUGAUAUCGAGUCUUUGAAAUGCAAACUUCUUUAAAUCAUUUUGGCUGUUAGUACCUUUAACAUGUGAACAAAAUUAUUUCAUGAUAAUAAAAAGACAUUUCAUUCGUUUA